CAGAGGCCCUGGCGAACUCGCUAGUGUAAAGGAUAAUAUCCAGAUCCCCAGGCCGCGUUAUCUUCUACAUACUGUCUCUGCCCACUAGAGAUCACAUCCGGCAUUGUCAAUCCUCGGCCCCCUUGGCAUCAGUUAUUUUCAGACUUCUACUGGAAGUGCUUCCUACUUACGAUUGCUCCGCACUCACUGCGUCUAUCAAUUUUCAUCCGGCAUGGCGCCUACCACAAGAAUGAGAAAGCUUCCUGGCGACGCACCUAGAGCGAAGGCCAUGGAAGGAAACCUGAUAGCUGAACGAAGAGUACAAUCCAAGUCAAGACGGAAAAGACGUACGGACGGCGCUACAAAUAAAAAGGUUCAGGCACGCCUUCAAAACCAUGAAGACAAGGUUACUAUAGAUCUCACUGUUGGAAGUGCCUGCGACAACCAGUCGACAGAAAACAGUCCCCGCGGCGACCGGAGAGUGUCUACCAUCAAGUCAGAAAAUACCGGCUGGCAUAAUACACAAUCCAACGGAAAUCGAACAGUAGCAUCUGAUCUUGUACAAGAUGGGGCUGAGCUACUUGGCGUUUCGCAGCCGCAGCCAUUGGUACCAACCAUUGAUCUUACAGACGAUUUGAAUGACGACGAAAGCCAUGAAAACAGCAGACUCACUGCUGGUAUCAAGUCAGAACCGCUGAACACAGAGGCCACCGAUAUUAUUGCCACUACUAAAGAUAGAGGCACACGACCCUUCGCUACUGAAGAGCUGAUGGUAGAAAAUGAAAGCGAACAGGAAACGUCUGCAAUCGAGUUAGGGCCUCAAUCGACCUCCUGCGAGGCAGUAAUAGCUGCCGCUGGUGAUCAUGCAGAGGCGAGUACUAUAAAUCUCACACCAGCACCAAAUCCAACAAAGGAUACUGGGCUCCAGGAAGGCCCAAUUGGAAAGGCUCAUCUUGGUGAAGGCUUGGCAGAUAUUGGGCAGGGAACGCCGCAAGAAGUACAACGGCUUCUCAAGAACAGCUUGAAGGUGGUUCAGCAAAAUAUCAACAAUCUUGAGACGAAAUUGAAGGCGAUGGAUGAGAAACGCGAAAGUUUACAACAGCUUCUCGAGAUGAGAAAUCAGCACGCCCAACAUCUCACCGCCUGCAUAAACAAAUCUGAGACUGAAGCAAAAAAGCUCGAGAAGCGCCGCAACAAGAGGAAGGGCGCAGUGGAUCGUCACAUGCUGAAGACCAAACGACAACGUCCAUCAGUUCCGGUCGACAAGACUGACCCGCCGGCAUGUGUGCAAGAGCCAACUGCAGCUGCUUCUACAACAGUCACAUCACCAACUACACAUAUCGUACUUCAACCGCCUGGCGUCGGAUAUCACGGCGCUUCCGCUCACGAAAGCAGGCCCUUAGAAACGGGACCCGACACUUCGCGCGGCGUCAUACAUGAUACAGUUAAUCCAGCUAUCCAAAGCCAGAGCGCCGAUGUCGAAGAGGUAGAAAACCAGAUAUUGAUAAAUUCUAACGAUAGCCAGCUUCCUCACCGCACACCCGGGCUCAUUGAGUCUAGAACAACAUGGGAAGAAGUGAAACAAAGUACAUGAAUCCGCCGAAGGACAAACACGCAAAGUAAUAGAAAGCUACGGAAAGUGCCAGUGCAAUGAGAAGACAGACAGGCGAUGUGAUCGCGACUGUACCAACGAAGGAGCUUCUUUCUUGUGCGACGACAAAACAUGCAGUAUUGACAGGGAAGAAUGCCGAAAUCGCUGG